GGCGGGUGACGUAUUAACAGCGUACUACAACUAUAAUUGAGAGUCAGUAUGAAGUUAUAUGAGUUUUUACAGUUUUAAGAAGUUGAUUUAAUCAUAGAGUUAUCUGAUUUUUGUAGAGAGUGCGAUGAAUAUUCGAAUAGAUGUCCUAAAGAUUUUAAUAGUUCCCGGACGGGGAGUUUCAGGAACGCUUAAUUUGUGAAUAAGAAUUUUUAGUUAUUACCAAAUAAGAAAAAUGGAUACACAGGAGGGCAAUAGGCUUUCAUGUGUGGAGCCUCAGAUACAAGCUUAUGCUGACACCAAUUUAAAUGAGAAAGGUGUGGAUACGCCCUAUAUAUACACCACGGAAGGUUCUUUUGUUACUCAGCAGCAGCCUGAGCCCAUGGAACUUAACACUCAGUGGAUAGAGAAUGCUGAAAUAAUACCAACUGUUACAGAAGCCCAAGUUUUACAAUACCAGCCAAAUCCAGAACAUUUGAUAGUUCAGCAAGAAUAUACUGAAACUAUACAGGAAAUUCAAGAUACUAAUGAGCAAUAUCAACAAACCAUAGUUGACCAUCAUUCUCAGGAAAAUGUAGAUUUUGUGCUUCAAAGUUCAGAAUCUAAUUAUGUCACUGAGACUUCUACAGUAAGUCAAAGUAGGGAACAAGAGGUCUUUUCCAAUCAAGAUAAUGUUGAAGUUGAGCAAAAUAUUUUGGAGCCACCUCAACCAGAUGAGGCCUCCAGUAGUUUGCAGAUAGAGGAAAUCAGUGAAGGUGAAGCUGUGGAAGAAGGAGUUGUGUUAGAAUCCACAGAUGUUAGCAUUACUGUGACAACUCCUGAUGAUAUCUGUGAAGAUGUCCAGGUAGUGGAUGAAUCCUUUGAAAUUAGUGAAAUUGAUGGAGAAGCAGAAGUUGUCGAAGAUGUAUCAGCCCAUGUUGGGCAAACUGUGCUUCAUGUUGAGAAAACUGAAUCGCCUCUGGACCAUCCUGACCAUUCAGCAGAAGGAAGUUCUGUUGAAGAAACUGAUGAAGUUGUUGUCACAAGUGUACCAAUUGCUGAAGAGGAAAUGGUAGACAGGCCAGCUGAGAGUGAAAACAACAUUGAAUAUGUGGAAGAAAUUGAUGAACCUGUAAAAUCGGAACCAAGUGCAAUGGAAAUACAGCCAUGUCAAGAAGAGCAGCAACAAGCAGUGACAGAAGUCCUCAUCCAAGGUGAAGAGGUGUUGCCAACCCACACGGACACUUUUGACUCUAUUGAAGAAGAGAAUGAAGACAAUCCUGAGGAAACUUUAUAUGUAAUGUAUGAAGAUUCAAGUUCUCAAGAUGGAGAGUCUUCUCAAAACUCUACAGGCCCAACUGAUACAGAAUCAAAAUCAAAUGACGUUCUGCAGCCCAAGCGUAGAAGGGGUCGCAAGCCGAAACAAGACAUACCUAUGCAUGUGUUGGGUCAUGAUAUAUCAAAACCAGUUGAGAAUGUGCUCAAUGGCAAAUCACCCAAACCAAGACUUGGGGUCAAAGUUCCUUAUCGAAAUCUCACCAGUCAAAUUGUAUCCAAAGAAGAAAUUGAGAAGGAGAUUGUAGAGAGGGGCCGUAAAAGGCAGGAGCAGUACAAAAGUCAGCAAACAUUUGCCAAGAGAUUGUCUUCAAAAUUAGCCAGAAAAUUGACUGGCUUCGCUGGUAAUGAUGAAGUUCCAGACACCAGUGCCAAGGCAACAGGGUCAACACCAACACAGGUUAAUACCACACCAAAACCCAAGGAAGCUCUGAAAAGAGUGGAAAGUGAAAAAACUGACCAGGAUAACUUGGACUUAUUGGCGAUUUUAGAGGGAGACGGAGACGACAGUAUAGUUUUACCGAAACCCGUGUUGAAAGUGACUCCGGCCACCGACGAAACAAAUUUAAAAAAUUUGGAACGGGAAAUCGCGUUGCGUCAACUGCAAGAAUUGCCCCGUAUGAGUCCCCGGAAAAAGUUCAUGACCAAUCGUCAUUUAAAGUUAUAUCUCAAGGAGCUUCCGGUCGAAGAGGAGCCGCCCUCGCCCGGUAAAUCGAUAAAUUUGGCCGACGAAAAACCCGCGGCGCCCCUGCUGCUGGACGUGGAGCCGCAAAUCAAGGUUAAUAUGGCCCUGAAGACUUACUCGCGGAAACGGAAAACCAGUGAACCAGCGGAGGCUAGCCCAGAAAAGAAGGUCGUCCCGCUCAACACUUCCCCUCUGGCAUUGAAGCCAAAAGUAGAGACACCUGUUUCUGAUACCGUCUACGUCACCAAAAGUUCCAGAGUCAUCAAGAAAAAGGUGAUUUGGGAUCCGGACGAGGCGGCUCCGGCACGACCAUCGAAACCGACUACUGUAAAGACGGAGUCUCCGCCACCAACGAAAUUUAUACCCGUGUCCAAGCCCGUGAGGACUUACGAGAAGGCAGACAGAUCGGCGGAUAGAUCGGCUGCACUGUCCAGGUUGGUUGAAAAAAAGCUGGAAAAAGUAUCUCCUAAGGAGAAACCAGAAAAAAGAGAAGUAGAAAAGGAGAAGCUAGCUACCAAGAAGCGGUCGUUAUCACCCGCCCAGGUCAUAAAAUCUCCUGGAGCCAAGGCGACGGUGAAGCCCAAAAAAUCAAGGUCUGAGGUGGACAAACUGCUAGGUGAUGAAGGGGCCAUCAAAAUGCUGUACGAUUUGAAAAAUACCGACGACACAGACGAUAGGCGGAAGGCAAAGUCGGUAAUAUCGGUCGAGAAAACAUUCAAGGACCUGGUCAAGAAGGCGAACGAGAUCAAAUCCGACCUGGUGAACACCAGCGGUUCGGAACAGCCGAAAUCGCUCAGAAAGAAAGAUGGCGUGUCGCCGAAUUCGGCGGUCAAAGUGCCGGUCGCCGCCGCCGUACUCGGCCGCCAAAAGUCGAAAGAUUCGAAUCGAAGUUCGGUUCAUACGCCGCCCGCGUCACCCGCGUUCCCUUUUCCCAAUGAGACGUCGUACCUGAUCAGAAGAAGGUCGAGCAGUUCCCUGUCGAGUUCCGAUAACGUGCAAGACGACUGGGACGAAGACGGCGCGAAAGAAAAGCAGCCGAAACGGAAGUCAAGGGUAAAGAAACCGGCGGAAGUCAAAGAGGAGGAACCGCAGCCGCAGGGACAAGCGAAGGAGGAACAAUCGACGUCCGGUCAGAAGACGACAAAAGCGGACAGCAGGCUGGGCAAUUUUCAGUGGUUAACGGCGAAAAAGACCGGCAAACACGUAACUAUCGAUUUGCAAUUGGAGGACACAUUCGGUUACUUCACCGUGGAGGUAUUGGCAGAGCUGACCGUAGCGCUGAAUCGCAUCUCCAAAGAGAAGGACUGCAACGGGGUGCUGCUGCGAUCGAGCCAAGUCGACGUGUUCGGCUUGGGGCUCGAUUACAGAACGUUGGUUGCCGAGAAGGAUUCGGAACGGAAAGCUUUGGCCUCCGAUUUGGCGGAAAAAGUCAGCGAGUUCGUCAAGUGCCUGCUUCACUUUCCGAAAGUGCUGGUCGCAGGAGUGCAGGGCGAGUGCGCGGGACUCUCCGUGACGAUGUUAGCGCUGUUCGAUCUCGUCGUGUCCAGUGAUUCGGCCAUGUUCAGCACCCCGUACAGCUCUUUGGGCUGCGUCGCCGAGGCCGGAUUCCUCUUGACCGUUCCCUAUGUCGCCAAUCAUGGUUUGGCAGCCGAAUUGUUGUACACCAAUCAAAAAUUAAAAGCGGAUGAGGUUUUCCGUAGAGGGUUGAUUUCGAAGCUAUGUUGGCCCGAAAAGUAUCAAGAGACCGUCAAACACGCGAUGCAGUCAAUUGCCAAAGGGUCGAAGCAGAGCCUCGAGGCGACCAAAAAGCAGCUGCGUGGCGGCAUCUUGAAAAGCUCGGAGGCCGCUGUGGACGCGAUGACUAAGCAGCUGAUCGAGCACUGGUCCAGUAACGAGUGCCAGAGAAACUUUAGCAAAAUCGAGUAGCGCGCCUGGGAAGCGACGAUAUACAACAGAAAAUUAAAACAAGUAAUAGUUUCCAUAGUGUAAUUUCGAGUGAAAUGGGGAUAGAGUAAAACGGAUUUGAAUCAAAAUUGUGGGUUUGAAAAAUAUUUUUUUAUAUUUUCAUAAUGUAGACUUAGGGGUACGUCGCGAGCGACGCACUAUAGUUAGAGUUAGGCUAAGGAGAGUUAUAUUUCACUUGACUGUUAGGAAUGUAAUGAAGAUCCAAAGAUCGGUGCAAUUUUCCAAAACGUCAAAGAUUUCUGAAAGCUGACCGCCAUUAUUAUCGAAUCGCAUGUACAUACUACCACGAUCUGUUUUACACGUAGUAAUUUUGUUCUUUGUUCGUUUCGGUCCAGCGGGUUACUUUGUGUACUCGCCCGAAAUUUAAGAAAUUUAUGCGUUAUAUUGACAGGUCCACAAAGUGUUAUGGUGUUGUAUGAUUUGCCUCAGAAGUGGUUUACUUAUUAAUAAUUGUUUUUUUAAAAGUUUCAAAAAAUCAUGAAUGAAUAAUCAUGAAUCAUUCGUGGGGCACCAAUGAUACCUCGUGGACCUAGUGUCGUGAUGGUACAAAUGAACUACUACUGGUGAUGGUACUCCCGCUUAUUGUGCGUCGAAGUGAUCACCUGUACAUGUUAUUGAAUUGAAUUUUGUAGGUAUUGUUUGCAUAUCAGAGUACUAAUUUGGACCUUAUUUAGUUUGUAAUUUUAUUGUUUCGUAUAAUUAUAAAUGUUUAAUAAAAUGGAAGGCCUUUUCUUAUGGAAACACUAAUAUGCAAAAUAUUUUAUUAAAAAAUUGUUGAAACACGCAAA